AUAGACUAUAGACAUACUGCAUUGACGCAUUUUUUAAUGUCCAAACGGCGAGUCUCAUUAUACAGACGUGAAUGUAGAGUUCCAGUAGUAACCCCCUCUCUCCCUCCUUUCCAUCCCUCUCUCUCCUGUGCAUCUCUUUCUCUCUUCCCUCUCUCCUGUGCAUCUCUCUCCCAUCUCUCUCCUGUGCAUCUCUCUCCCCCGGCGCCGAUCAACUUCACACUGCAAGUGUUUGUUAAACAACUCCAUACUUGAUCUGACACUAAACAAAACAACAGGAUUAUAAAUUCUUUUGGUUGAACUGGUGUACAAAUUGCCUCUGAAUGGACUGGAUGCUUGGAUAGUAUAAAUAUUUUAGAAAGCGAAAAAAAGGACAGGGAGAUGAAAGCCUUGUCAUCAGGUCUGAUAAUCGGGGUAUCGAUAGGAGUUGUGAUUGGUGUGCUUUUGGCAAUAUGUGCAUUUUUCUGCUUUAGGAUCCAUAGUAAACGUUCCCAGAUUGGAAACAGUAGUUCUCGCCGUGCUGCUACUCUUCCAAUUCGAACAAAUGGUGCUGAUUCUUGCACUGUUUUAUCCGACUCGUCUUUUGGAACAGCUGAUUCGCCUAAAAUUUCUGUGAAUAAUAAUGGCAUGUCUUCUUGGCUUGGAGGGCUUAAAAAGGCUAAUGUGCUUUCUGCUUCGGGGAUAUUGGAGUACUCUUACAAGGAUUUGCAGAAAGCGACAUGUAAUUUUACAGCUUUGAUUGGCCAAGGGGCAUUUGGUCCUGUUUACAAAGCUCAAAUGUCAACUGGUGAGGUUGUUGCUGUUAAAAUGCUUGCAACUGAUUCUAAGCAAGGGGAAAAAGAGUUCCACACGGAGGUUAUAUUAUUGGGGAGACUACAUCACAGAAACCUUGUCAAUUUGAUUGGAUACUGUGCAGAAAAGGGGCAACAUAUGCUAAUAUAUGUCUACAUGAGUAAGGGUAGCCUGGCUUCUCACUUGUAUGGUGAGAAGCAUGAACCAUUAAGCUGGAAUCUGAGGGUCCAAAUUGCUCUGGACGUGGCAAGGGGGGUGGAGUAUCUUCAUGAUGGGGCAGUUCCUUCCGUGAUACACCGGGAUAUCAAAUCUUCCAAUAUCUUGUUGGAUCAGUCCAUGGGAGCCAGGGUAGCUGAUUUUGGACUUUCAAGGGAAGAUAUGAUAAACAGACAUGCAUCGAAUGUACGUGGAACUUUUGGAUAUCUAGAUCCAGAAUAUAUAUCAUCUCGGACGUUCACCAAAAAGAGUGAUGUUUACAGUUUUGGAGUAUUACUCUUUGAACUUAUUGCAGGAAGGAAUCCACAACAGGGUUUAAUGGAGUACGUUGAGCUUGCGGCAAUGAACACUGACGGGAAAGUUGGGUGGGAGGAAAUAGUUGAUCCUAAUCUUGGUGGGAAGUUUGAUGAUCAAGAACUGAACGAUGUGGCGGCUCUUGCAUAUAAAUGUGUUAACGCUGUAUCUAAGAAACGGCCGUCAAUGAGGGACAAUGUUCAGGUUCUUUCACGGAUUCUCAAACAUAGGCAUGGGAGAAAUCAUCUCAAACAUUCAUUAUCCACUGCUGCCGAUGAGCUUACAAUCAAUAUGGACCAGUUAGAAAGUAGGAGUAAAUUGACCCAACACCAACGAGAUGAGUCUAUGGACAGCAGCAUAGCUGACUCUUGUGAACUCUAACGACAGUUUUUUCUCAAUUGUUUAUUAUUUUUUUCCUUUGUUUUUGUUUUCCCUGUAAUAUAUUCCCGGCUUUAUAGGAAGUAGAAACACUUCAUAUCUUAAUCAUCCCGAGUUUGGAUUUAUGACAAGAUGGGAGUUGGUUGAGUGUAUCUUCUCAUUCUAGUGUAAUAUUACAAAUAUCUGCUA